UGUGGCGUCAGUGCGCGCGCCGUGUCCAUGGAGAGAGGUUGAGCAGUCGGAGCUCCGGCCGGAGCCACCGGGGCGGUGAAGAUGUCAGCUUCCUUAGUUCGAGCCACAGUCCGGGCUGUGAGCAAGAGGAAGCUGCAGCCCACCCGGGCUGCCCUCACCCUGACACCUUCAGCAGUCCACAAAAUAAAACAACUUCUUAAAGAUAAGCCUGAACAUGUAGGUGUGAAAGUUGGUGUUCGAACCAGGGGUUGCAAUGGCCUUUCUUAUACUUUAGAAUAUACAAAGACAAAAGGAGAUUCUGAUGAAGAAGUUGUUCAAGAUGGGGUCAGAGUGUUCAUCGAAAAGAAAGCACAGCUAACACUUUUAGGAACAGAAAUGGACUAUGUAGAAGACAAAUUAUCCAAACUAUGAAGCAGUGGUUUACACUAGCAGGUAAGACCUAGCAACCCAGAGUUAGUGUUUUGGAAUGUAUAGGUUAUUGUGAAGCAGAACAUGGGGUCUUUUCUGAAAAUUCCCGAUGUGCUUACACUUCCUGCAUCUUAAAUCCAGUUGCAAAAUUUUAAACCUAAUAUUUUAUCCUAGCAUUUUUAUCACCAACUUUUCUUUAAUAGUGUUCAUUUUGUCAUUUAGUUAUUGAUUUUCCCAGGUUUGACAUAGAAAAAUAUUCUGUGAGUUGGCAUAUAUGCUUUUUUUGAAAGCUGAUUCUCCUGAACUGAAGUAGUGCUGUUAACCUUUAUGUUUGCCAUUGUUCACUAUAAGUACCUGGCACGAACGCAUCAAACCUAGAGCUUAUGUCGGUGCUCAUGAGUUUGUAUCGUUAACAUAAUUGUUGAUCCACUUAUAAUUUGUGCAGUACUAUAUUAUGUAGAAAUUCAGUUGUCAAUAAAAAAUGUGGUCUCUUUGUGAUCAUAAAAUUGCUUUUUCUUGUUGAGGGAGAAGGGUUUGAGGUAGCUAUCUAGUCGACUCUGACUCAUGGCAAUACUGUGUGUGCCAGAGUAGAACUGUGCUCCGUAGGGUUUUCAGUGGCUGAUUUUUCAGAUGUAGAUCACCAGGCCUUUCUUCCAAGGCACCUCUGGGUGGAUUCUAACCUCCAGCCUUUCAGUUAGUAGCUGAGCACUUAACCUUUUGCGCCACCCGGAGACUCCUGCUAGCAGAUCUAAAACCGUUACCAUUGAGUUGAUUGUGACUCACAGCAACCCUAUAGGACAGAGCACAACUGCCCCAUAGGAUUUCCAGGCUGUUAAUCUUUACAGGAACAGAUUGCCACAUCUUUCUCCCAUGGAGCAACUGGUGGGUUCGAACCACCAACCUUUUGGUUAAUUGCUGUAUUUUUCUAGCCCAUCUUCCACCCAGUUCUGUUGCAUCCAGAGUUUUUUAGUUGCUGCCUUCUUCAUGCAACCCUUGGAGAGAACAAUUUCAAAUGCCAUCAUCUUCAGAGUUCCCUCCUUUCUCAUUAGCCUUUCCUUCCCUCCUUGUGAUCAUCCACUCCAUCUAGGCUGCUUCCUCCAGCCUCCUGCACAGCUUUCUUCCUCAUUCUCGUGUCAUGGUCCUUUGUCUGGACUGCUCCCCCCGCCAUCACCCGCCAGGCCCAGCUUUACAAAGCUUACCUCCAGAAAGGCCUCUGUAGUUCACUUCAAACACAUUAGUAAGCACCUACUCUGCACCAGCCCUGGGGCUUCACAGGUCAUCGUCCCUGACCUCAAAGAUCUGACUGAGAUGGCAGCAGAUGAGACACACAGAUGGAGAGUAUCAAUGUGGUUAGUGGGUUUAAUAGCCUAUGUUGCAUACUUUUUCUAUGCUAGGAACUGUUCUAAGUAACAGUCUUCACAGCAAUCCCAUCAGGUUGGUCUGACUACUGUCUUUUCAUAGGCAAGAACACUGAGGCACAGGCUGGGUAAAUAUUUUGCCGAAGUUAACACAGUAAAUGGCCAAGUUCACAUUCCUUCCCAUGCUUGUCAGUUGUGCACAUCGUGAGAACUGAGGCUGGUGUGCACAGAGCAGGUGCUGCUUUUAAAAAGUCACCAGAGGUUAUGACACCUGAGCGCAGUGUCAAAAGAUGUAAGGUUUAGGGGAGAGGGAAGACAACCUACAGAGGUUUGAGACGAGACAGUGUAUGUGGGAGAUGAAACUCUCAGAGACAAAGGUAAGGGGCAGCAGAUAAAGUCGAUGGAGAAGGAAGAAGACCUGAUUCAGUUCUGUCUAUAGGUUCUGUCAGUGGUGGGGAGCCACUGGCGGUUCUUACAAGGGAGUCCCCAGAAAACAAUUACAUUUGGAUUCACUAACUUGAAUGCACUGUAGGGUGUGGAGUAGCUGGGAUAAUAAGGAGGACUGCAGCAAAUGAUUGCAGACCCUCAAACAGGCCGUGAGGAGGGAAACUGUGAGGUAGGGUUAGGAGGUGAACAGACUGGCUCGACAGGACUGUUUUACAGCUUUGGCUAAUCAUGCCAUAGCAGUACUUAAACGUGGUGGUUUUUUGGUUUUGUCUCCACAACAGUGAACAGUUCUGAAGGGCAGGAUUUAGACUGCUUCUUCGGUGCUGUCUUAGCACUGGGCACUUCGUGAUGGUUAUAAUGGUUUCUACUAGGGCCAUAUCAGAGCUAUAUUGUGCAAGCUGUAGCCAUAACCAGGAAGGUUCGAUCGAUUCUGCGUCAUAUUCCUUUAUCCAAGCUCUACUCACAGACCACGGGUUCCUGCGCAAGGUCAUCGGAUAGUGCCGUGUGUGUCAUGGAGUCAGUCACCUGCCUCUGGAAGGAGCCACCUGGAGAGGCAGAUCUGCUUGUUCAUACGAUCUGUUUAGAAGAUCAGCAUGCUAAAUUGAAUGGCUUUAGCCACUGGAUGGUUACAAGUACACCUUGGAGAAUUUCAGUAGACGGGCCUGCUGUGCUUCAAGUGACAGCACCUCCUAGCCCUUCUGCCAUAACUAGUGAGAAUGAAAUUGUCCUCAAAGAGGAAGUAGGGGCUGGAGUUGGAAAAUGGCUUACAAGAUCAAAUGUCACUUCAAGAUCUCCAGUACUUCCUAGGUUUCAUUCAGCGGAAAUACUUCAGAAAAUAGCCUUGCUUGUCAUGUUUUCAUACCUGAGAGAUCAGGAAAUAACAAAACCCUGUGAUGUUGAGCUGCCUAGUAAUUCCUACACCAUGUAACAGCUGCAAGGGCCUUCCUGGUCUCCAAAUUCUUUCACUCUUCUUGGCUCAUUUAAGCCUCAGGGCAGAUGUGACAUGGGCUACACUGAUGCUGAGAUAGAUAGGUUGUGGGGUGCUGGAGUGCAGAGGUGUAGGUUUGGGGGUGAGGCAUAUUUGGAUUGGAAUCAUGCCGCUGUCAUUUUGUAGCCUUGUGGCCUCAGGUAAUUUCUCUGAGCCCGUUUCCCCUCCUAUAGAACAGCCUCAGAAUUUUGGGAAGUUUGAUGAGCUAACGACACACAAACAGCAUGCAGUUAAGAGUAAUCACUCAAUACAUUGUAGUUCUAGUCCCUUUUACUAGUUUCCCUGCAGCAAAAGGGCUAAUGUGCUAAUGGAUUUAUUUUUAUUGUGAUAAAAUAUAUGUAAUAAAACAUUUGCCAUUUUAACCAUUUUUAAGUGUACAAUUCAGUGACAUUAUAUUCACCAUGUUGUACAACCAUCACCUCUAUCCAUUUGCAAAUUUUCACAUCACCUUAACAGAAACACAGUGUCCCUUAAGCAAUAAGUCCGCAUUUUUCCCUACCCCAGCCCCUGGUAACCAUUAAUAAGCUUUGAUCUCUAUGCAUUUGCCUAUUUUAGAUAUAAGGAGGAUCAUACAGUAUUUGUGCUUUUGUGUCUGGCUUGUUUCACUCAACAUGUUUUCAGGAUUCACCCAUGGUGUAGCAUGUACCAGAACUUCAUUUUUUAAUGACUCAAUAAUAUUUCAUUGUUAGGUAUAUACCACAUUUUGUUUAUCCAUCUGUUGAUGAACACUUGAGUUGUUU